GUAUUCAAUCGACUACCGUUUACCCCGAUGCUUUGCUACGCGUUCUCUUGCCAAUGCUCGAAUGCUUGGUGUCUUCCCCGAUGCCCAGGCCGAUGACGGCGCGGAUUAUUGGUCGAUACCGUCAAAACGAUGUCAUAUCGCUUGGGAGACUGGAUUUGCACGGGGAUAUGCCCUCCGAGUCGUUGCCACCCUCCGCGCCAUAGCAGUCAAAGUCGCCUUGGUUACACGCAAGCUCCUCGCAGCCGCAGCCAUCACCGCAACUCUUCGCACGCCACCACCACCGAUGACGCAUAUACUGGCGGUUUCCAUGGAUGGCCUAGUAUGGCCUCGCAUGGUGUCAGGAGCCAUGCAAGAAACCGGUGCCAUGCAAGGCCUAUCACCAGGGAUAAGGGGGGCUAACCUUUCAUGGCCUAUUGGCGCCUCUCAUGGCCAUUUAUGGCCUUACGUGGAACCCGAACUUUUGCUGAUGCAUGGAGCUAGGACCUCAAUCUGCUUCGUUUUCUGUGGUCAAGGGCUCGUUCAGAUACCCCCACGCUCCGUGAAGACGCUCCCCAAAACCAUUUACGAAAUGGACCUCAAUCUGCUUCGUUUUCUGUGGUCAAGGGCUCGUUCAGAUACCCCCACGCUCCGUGAAGACGCUCCCCAAAACCAUUUACGAAAUGGUCAAGGUCUCGUGGAGCUAGGACCUCAAUCUGCUUCGUUUUCUGACCUCAAUCUGCUCCGUUUUCUGUGGUCAAGGGCUCGUUCGGAUACCCCCACGCUCCGUGAAGAUGCUCCCCAAAACCGUUUACAAAACGGUCAAGGUCUCGUGGAGCUAGGACCUCAAUCUGCUUCGUUUUCUGUGGUCAAGGGCUCGUUCGGAUACCCCCACGCUCCGUGA